CAAUGGUAUCAACGCAGAGUAUGGCUGAUGUAGCUGGUGUGGCAGCCCUGAGAGCCUCUGUAUCACAGCCGUCUCCGCCAUGAAGAUCAUCGGGGGGCUCCUUCUGCUCUGCACAAUGACUCAUUUCUUCAGCAACUCGGAAGCUGCUAGUCUGCCUUUAACAACACAGGUGGACUGCAGCAUUUAUAAGAAGUACCCAGUGGUGGCCAUCCCCUGCCCCAUCACAUACCUGCCUGUCUGUGGUUCUGACUACGUCACCUAUGGGAAUGAAUGCCACCUAUGCAUUGAGAACUUGAAAAGUAAUGGAAAAGUUCAGCUUCUUCAUGAAGGAAGAUGUUAACUUCUCCACAGACAUGGGUAGAGAGUGAUGGUAUCUUCACAGUCAUCGUCAUCAUCCCCAGGCUCUGACUGCCUUUUCCCUCAUCUCGGCCAGUGCUCUGGGUAGGGGCAGAGACAGAUUCAGAGUCAUCUUUGUUGAGUGGAAAAAGUUGUUGUGGUCUUCCUCAAACUCAUGCCUCACUGACUUCCAUGCUUCUUUUUGUACCUCAAUAAAAGAAUCUCCCCAGAGAGUUUAU